AUCCAUUGAAUCACUGUCUCAGAAUCACCAAAGAACCUAUACGAUCAAGAUAAGUUAUAGGGUUUGGCUCUUGAAAACAUAUAAUAUAAUUUUUGUUUUAGAUCUGUCAAAAGGAAGAGAUUCUUGUGUCAAAUAAAGAGGAGACAUUAGCAAUAUUAUCUACAUCUAAACAGCAUAGAAGAAGAAGAAGUGAAAAAUACACAUAUGGAGGACACGGCUGUUGAUUGGAGAGGAAGACCUUGCAAACCUAAUAAACAUGGUGGAAUGACUGCUGCAGUUUUUGUAUUAGGGCUUCAGGCUUUUGAGAUGAUGGCAAUUGCUGCGGUUGGGAAUAAUCUUAUCACCUAUGUGUUCAAUGAGAUGCACUUCCCUUUAUCAAAAUCUGCUAACACAGUUACAAACUUCAUUGGAACUGUUUUUCUCCUGUCUCUCUUUGGUGGCUUCCUCUCUGACUCGUAUCUCGGGAGCUUCUGGACUAUGCUGAUUUCCGGCUUCAUCGAGCUCUCUGGAUUCAUCUUAUUGUCAGUUCAAGCCCAUAUAGUGCAACUCCGGCCGGCACAGUGCAACAUGAUGGAAGUGAGCAGCAGCUGUGAGGAAGCGAAAGGGUACAAGGCGGGGAUAUUUUAUGGGGCACUUUACUUAGUAGCUUUAGGGAGUGGUUGUUUGAAGCCUAAUAUAAUCUCUCAUGGAGCUGAUCAGUUCAGAAAUAAUAAUGAUUUGAAGCAGUCAAAAAAACUUUCCACUUUCUUCAAUUGUGCCUACUUCGCCUUCUGCACCGGCGAGCUCGUGGCACUCACCAUAUUAGUCUGGGUUCAAACGCACUCUGGAAUGGACGUCGGAUUUGGAGUUUCUACGGCUGCCAUGGCUAUGGGAUUGAUGUGCCUGAUAUCAGGAUCCUUUAUUUACAGGAACCAGCCACCAAGGGGAACUAUUUUCACACCAAUUGCUCAAGUUUUUGUAGCUGCAAUAAAGAAGAGAAAACAGAUCAGCCCUUCAAAUGCUGGGAUACUACAUGGAAGCCAAAAAAAUAUGUUAACAAACGUUACCACUGGAAAUCUAAUCCAUACGCAAAAAUUCAGGUUCCUUGAUAAAGCCUGCAUCAAAACAGAAACCGGAAACGAGAUGAUUGAUGAAAGUCCUUGGAGGCUUUGCACAGUGUCACAAGUGGAGCAAGUGAAAAUCCUCCUCUCCGUCAUUCCAAUCUUUGCAUGCACAAUAAUCUUCAACACAAUUUUAGCUCAACUCCAAACAUUUUCAGUUCAACAAGGCACAGCCAUGAAUACUCAUCUUACUAAAAAUUUCCAAAUCCCACCAGCAUCUCUCCAAUCAAUACCAUACAUGAUGCUUAUAUUUAUGGUCCCUCUUUAUGAGACUGCAUUUGUACCAAUGGCAAGGAAAAUCACAGGGAAGGAUUCAGGAAUUUCACCUCUACAACGAGUUGGGACAGGGCUUUUUAUUGCGACGUUCUCAAUGGUUUCGGCUGCAUUAAUUGAGAACAAGAGAAGAAAUAAUGCAAUAAAGUUUCACAAAACUUUGUCCAUAUUUUGGAUAGCUCCACAGUUUCUGGUAUUCGGGCUCUCGGAAAUGUUCACUGCGGUGGGUCUGGUCGAGUUCUUUUACAAACAAUCGAUAAAAGCCAACGGAAUGCAGUCUUUUUUAACAGCCAUGACUUACUCAUCUUACUCAUUUGGAUUUUAUUUGAGUUCCCUUUUAGUUUCAUUAGUAAACAAAAUAACAUCAUCAGGAUCAAGUACUGGGUGGCUGAGUGAGAAUGACUUGAACAAGGACAGACUUGACCUCUUCUAUUGGUUGCUGGCUGCACUUAGUCUCAUCAAUUUCUUCAACUACAUUUUCUGGUCCAGAUGGUAUUCUUACAAUCCAAUAUCUUCUUCAUUGCAUACUCCACCACUUGAUGGAGUAGAGGACCCACAGAAAAAAGUAAUUUCAGCUCUUUAAUAUUGUAGCAGCACUGAUAGUGUAACAUUAUCUAAUUAAGUUUAUAUAGAUUUUUACCUUCUUUUUUUUUUAAUUAUAGCUAGCUAGCUAGUAGUAGUAGUGUGGUUGAAAUAAAUUAUAACUGAUGAAAUGAUUAUAUUUUGUAUGAUGAUUUGAUGCACCGAGUGAAGCUGCUAGGUUGACAACUAUGCACUUAA